GUUGAAGAAAAACCCCUGCACUUCCACCUUGUUUUGGGGAUAAACAAGAGUCUCUCGUUAGAAGACCGAAUGGAUCUUCUUACAUUGUGCUCAAUCAAUAAAUCAGAGAUAUAGUAUGAAGCAAUACUAUUUAGACAAUAUUUGCUAAUAAAAAUAUAACUGUCCAUUUAAUAACAUUAAUUAAUACAAGACUUGGUUUUAAUAAUGUAGUAAUAGAUUUUGAAAUGAACUUUUGUUUCAAGAUUAAUAAAGCGAAUCAUUGGGCAUCGUUGAGCAAUUAAGACGAUGGGAGUUUUUUGUUUUUUUUUUGACCUUGCAUGCCUUCUCAACCUGUUGUUGGGGACUCCCAAAACCAAAAUAUCAACCUUUCAUUACCCAUAAUAGGGGCACUUUAACAUGUUGUGGAUGGCCUUGGCUGUUGUCAAAGCAUUUUCAUGGAAAAAAAAAAAUUGGUUUCACAGGGCCCAGUCAUUCGCGGAAAGGUUACGGCUGGGCAUCGCGGUAAUCCACGGUGAAGCCCAGGAUGCUGAAUCAGACCUAGUGGAUGGACGUCAUUCCCCACCCACUGUCAAAAACAUUGGCGCCAUUCAUCCAAGCCUAGAGAUACCAUGUAAGGAUCUNNNGGUUGGAGAUGUAGGUGGACGAAUUGCCAUCAUUGUGGAUGACAUCAUUGACGAUGUCGACAGUUUUCUCGCAGCAGCCGAAACUUUGAAAGAAAGAGGCGCUUACAAGAUCUUUGUCAUGGCCACUCAUGGAAUCCUCUCCUCAGAUGCCCCUCGGCUAAUAGAGGAGUCCGCCAUAGAUGAGGUCGUUGUCACCAACACCGUUCCACACGAGAUCCAAAAACUCCAGUGUCCCAAGAUCAAGACGGUCGAUAUCAGCAUGAUCUUGUCAGAAGCCAUUCGCCGCAUCCACAAUGGAGAAUCAAUGUCUUACCUGUUUCGUAAUAUCGGCAUGGAUGACUGACAGGCCCAUGUGCAUUCAGUCAUAACAUGCGCACAGAGGUCAAGACUUUCUGUCCCUAUUGCCUGUAUCUUUACCAGUUUUUUUUUUUUUUUUUUG